UCAGGGCCGAACCCAAAAGCAAGUUCUCUUGAUGGCGCCCGCCAAUCGGCGCAGGAUGUCCACCUCAUCGCCGCUUGCACCCGGAUACGAAACCUCCGAAGGGCGCACCCCGCAACCAGCGCAUGCACAUCGCGACCUUUCAGCUUCCGUCGCAGAUCUGGACGUGGAGCCCGACGUACUCUUGUGCCCCAUCACGCGAGUCAUGUUCCGCGACCCGGUGAUGGUGGUUGAAUCGGGGCACACGUACGAGAGGAGCGCUAUCUUGUCGCACUUUGGUCGCAACGGGGCCAAGGACCCGCUCACGCGUCUCGCCCUGAGCAGCACGAAGGUGAUGACGAACUGGGCGGUGAGACAGAUUGUUCGGGAUUGGCUGGACAAGCACUCGGACGUGACGCCCGACGGGUGGGACAGUCGCGAGCUCCUGGAGCCGUCGAAGGAUGACGGGACGCACAUGGUGGAAAGAGAUGACGCCGGAGUGCUCCGGACAUGGCGGGCGAUGUGCCCUGAACUGCAGGAGAGGUGGCCGGAGGCUGCGCGACCGGAGGAUUGGCGAGGUGUAAAGUGGGAAAACGGCAGGGUCGUGGAGCUCGUGUUGGAUGGGUUUGGCCUGAGCGGAGGGGUGCCGGCUGAUAUCAAUCAGCUCACGUCGCUGCAGAGGUUGUGGCUCGGCUACAAUGAGCUGACGAGCCUGCCGGCGGAGAUCGGGCAGCUCACGUCGCUGCAGUGGUUGUACCUCUGCGGCAAUCAGCUGACGAGUGUGCCGGCUGCGAUACGCGAGCUCAGAGCGGCGGGCUGCCGCGUGGAUCUGGAUCGUGGUGUGACGGUGGACGAGUGAUCGCAGCACUUUCCAGCGUAGGCGUGUCGCGCGAUAGUAGAUUGUAAGUAACACGAUAUG